AUGGCGGUUGCAAUGCGCCUUGCGGCCAAAUUCAACUCUUACUAUGCGGACCGGCCUGUCCUAACCACAAUGGUCACCAACGCGGUGCUUGGUGGUAUCGCAGAUACGGUGGCCCAGUUGAUCACAGCCUUCAAGGCCCGUUCGACAGUACGAACCAGGCAAGAUGGUGAUCUCAUCUCGAUCGAGAUCCACGAGAUGGACAAGGAGCGACCACCACCAGUGGGAGAGCUGGGACAUGCGAAGCACAUUCCUCCUCCGCUUGAUUUCGAGCGUCUCACCCGAUUCAUGUCCUACGGUUUCUUCAUGGCACCUAUACAAUUCAAGUGGUUCGGUUUCCUGUCCCGAGCAUUUCCGUUGACCAAAAAGAGCCCGACGCUGCCGGCUUUGAAGCGUGUUGCUGUUGAUCAGCUCAUGUUCGCUCCUUUCGGUCUUGCGUGCUUCUUCACAUUCAUGACCGUCGCCGAGGGUGGAGGCAAAAGAGCCUUGACCCGCAAGUUCCAGGAUGUCUACUUACCGACCCUAAAGGCAAACUACGUCUUGUGGCCUGCUGUGCAGAUUCUCAACUUUCGGGUUGUGCCAAUUCAAUUCCAGAUUCCAUUUGUAUCUAGCGUCGGUAUCGCUUGGACCGCAUACCUGUCCUUGACCAACUCGGCUGAGGAAGAAUAG